AUGAUAUUACUUCAUUUAGUCUAUUCCCUUUGGGCCCUUCUUCUCAUUCCUUUAAUCAAUGCGGAAGAAUUCACUCCCAAAGUAACUAAGACCAUCGCGCAAGAUUCAUUUGAAAUAUUAUGCUUUGAUGAUUCCAACACUAUAGUUAGAACGCAAGGUCAUUCCAUGACGAUAAGUUUUAACGAUGGAGAAACAUGGGAAGAAAUUGAAGACAUCAAAGACGAUAUCGCUUGGAUGUCUAUUGACCCGUUCAACAGACACGACAGAGCCAUUGCAACGGCAGUUGAAGGAUCGCACUUUUAUAUAACCGAUGAUCAAGGUAAAACAUGGAGGCCUAUAGCUCUAACCGAUCCUGAAGAAGAUGUUUCGCCCCGUGGAUGUAAUAUACAAACCCACCCUACGAAGAAAGACUAUCUUCUUGCAAGUUGCAACUACUGUGAGAGAACCGAAAUCGACAGCGGCAGUGAAGUAAUUUCCGGGGACGAAGAGGGCUCAGCUGAAGUUUUGAUUUUUAAUAUUACACGUUGUACAGAGAAGGUUUUUGCAAGUAAUGAUGGCGGAAAAUCCUUUUCUGAAAUUAAGUCUUCUCUGGAAAAGAACGAAGAUAGUCCUAUCGGCAUCUCGGAUUGUCGUUUUGCCAAGACCAGCAAAGAUUCUGACCUCGGCGGUAAUGACGCCUCAGUGGUUUGCCUUUUCCAAAAUAUGCAGUUUAUUAGAGGGGAGUUUAGUUCUCCUUACACCGAAAGUAAAUUGGUUCUAACUACGGACUGGGGUAAAUCAUUAACCGAAAUUGACCAAUUUAAAGAUAAAGUCGUCAAUAAUUACAGAAUAUUGAAGUCUCAUAUGGUUGUCUUGACCCAGGGCGACAGAUAUAAUGAUAUGUCUUCCAUAGAUGUGUGGAUAUCAAAUGAUCUGUCGAGCUUUCAAAUGGCUUACAUGCCUACUCAGUUAAGACAUUUCGUCCAAGGACAAAUACAUGAGGACGCCACGGGAAGAAUCAUUUUGCCUGUAAGCAGAGAAAGAAAUGAUCAAGAAGAGGAUAAGGGCAUCGUAUCUGAAAUUUUAGUUUCCGAUUCACAAGGGCUAAAAUUCUCUCCCAUUCCAUGGACGACAGAUGAGGUUUUUGGUUAUAUUUAUCUCGAUCAAUCUACUUUCUUAAAAGGAACAAUGAUUGCCUCUCUUUUCCCUCUAUCUAGGCGUCAUAACCGUAAAGGAAAAGGCAAGAAAGUAAAAAGUAAGGGAAUAACCAAAAUAUCUGUUGAUAAUGGUCUCACAUGGUCAAAUUUGAAAGUCAUUGAUCCAGAUUAUAUAGACUCAUUCGACUGCGAUGUUACAGAUUUUGAAAAUUGCUCGCUUCAAACUACGUUUUACCCACUGGAGGGUUCGACUCCGGCCGCCGGAAUUGUAAUGACAACAGGUAAUGUUGGCGAUGGCAGUUCCUUUGACUGGGGAGACCAAAAAACCUUUAUUUCUAGGGAUGGUGGUUUAACAUGGAAAGUCGCUUUUGAUUUUCCUUGUUUAUACGCUAUUGGUGAUUACGGAAAUGUUAUUGUGGCCGUACCAUACAAUUCGGACGAAGACGAUGAUCCUCAAUCCGAAUUUUACUACUCCUUAGACCAAGGUAAAACUUGGACCGAAUAUCAGUUAAAAACUACUAUCUACCCAGCAGAAUUAAUCAACACAACGCCAGAUGGAUCCGGAACCAAAUUUAUUCUAAAUGGGUUUACUAUGGCGCAUAUGGAUGGUUCAACAAAUUUCAUCUAUGCAAUUGAUUUUUCAGCGGCCUUUAAUCACGAAACAUGCAAAGAAAAAGAUUUUGAGGAUUGGAAUUUAGCUGAAGGGAAAUGUGUCAAUGGUGUCAAGUACAAGUUUAGAAGAAGAAAACAGGACGCUCAGUGUUUGGUGAACAAAGUGUUCGAGGAUUUACAAUUAUAUGAGACCGAUUGUGACAAAUGUACUGAGACUGAUUACGAAUGUGCAUUUGAAUUCGUUAGGGACGCAACCGGAAAAUGUGUACCAGACUACAACUCAAUCGUUCUCUCUGAUGUAUGUGAUAAGACAAGGAAAAAAACUGUGUCUGUAAAACCAUUGCAGUUGAUUAAAGGUGAUAAAUGUAAAAAGCCAAUGACAGUCAAACCGGUAGAUAUUUCAUGUGAGGGAGUUCCAAAGAAGGGCUCGAAUGGCAAGGAAAUAGUGACUACUGAAAACAAAUUUGACUUUGAAAUUCAAUUUUAUCAAUACUUCGAUACAGUUGCGGACGAAUCUUUGGUCAUGAUUAAUUCAAGAGGAGAGGCCUAUAUAUCCCACGAUGGUGGACAAACAAUAAAAAGGUUUGACAGUAACGGUGAAACAAUUGUCGAAGUUGUGUUUAAUCCAUAUUUCAAUUCUUCUGCUUAUCUGUUUGGUUCUAAAGGUAGCAUUUUCUCUACCCACGAUAGAGGAUACUCUUUUAUGACUGCUAAAUUGCCUGAAGCCAGACAAUUAGGUAUGCCAUUAGACUUCAAUGCUAAAGCACAGGAUACAUUUAUUUAUUAUGGUGGUAAGGAUUGUGAAUCAAUCUUAAGUCCAGAAUGUCAUGCCGUGGCAUAUCUCACUAAAGAUGGUGGCGAAACAUUUACAGAAAUGCUUGAUGAUGCAAUUCAUUGCGAAUUUGCAGGUUCACUUUUCAAAUACCCAUCGAAUGAGGACAUGGUUAUGUGCCAGGUAAAGGAAAAAUCUUCAAAAACAAGAAGCUUAGUUUCUUCCACAGAUUUUUUUCACGAUGAUAAAAAUACCGUCUUUGAAAACAUUAUCGGCUAUUUGUCCACCGGUGGCUAUAUCAUCGUUGCUGCACCUCAUGAAAACAAUGAGUUGAGGGCGUAUGUAACUAUCGAUGGUGCUGAGUUUGCGGAGGCAAAAUUCCCAUAUGAUGAAGACGUUAGAAAGCAAGAGGCAUUCACUAUUUUAGAGUCUGAGAAAGGAUCGAUAUUCUUACAUUUGGCAACAAACUUAGUACCAGGAGGCGAUUUUGGUAAUCUCUUGAAAUCUAACUCAAAUGGUACUUCUUUUGUCACUUUAGAGCAUGCCGUUAAUAGAAACACGUUCGGCUAUGUAGACUUUGAAAAAAUUCAAGGUCUCGAAGGCAUUAUUCUUACCAACAUCGUUUCAAAUAGUGAGAAGGUUGCCGAGAAUAAGGAAAACAAACAAUUGAAGACAAAGAUCACGUUUAAUGAAGGUUCGGAUUGGAACUUUUUGAAACCUCCGAAGAAGGACUCAGAAGGAAAAAAGUUUUCUUGCAGCUCCAAGUCAUUAGAUAAGUGUUCGCUGCACUUGCAUGGCUACACUGAACGUAAGGAUAUCAGAGAUACAUAUUCUUCAGGUUCCGCAUUAGGGAUGAUGUUUGGUGUUGGAAACGUUGGAGCUAACCUUUUACCAUAUGAAGAAUGUUCUACUUUUUUCACCACCGAUGGAGGUGAGACGUGGGCUGAAGUUAAGAAAACUCCCCACCAAUGGGAAUACGGCGACCACGGUGGGAUCUUAGUUUUAGUUCCCGAGAACGCAGAAACUGAUUCUAUUUCCUAUUCUACUGAUUUUGGUAAAACAUGGAAAGACUAUAAAUUCUGUGAUGAUAAAGUUUCGGUAAAGGAUAUAACCACCGUCCCCAGAGAUUCUGCUUUGAGAUUUUUGCUAUUUGGAGAAGCAACAAAUGUUGAAGGCAGCUCAUUCAGAACGUACACGAUUGAUUUUAAAAACAUCUUCGAAAGACAAUGUGACUUCGAUAUUACCGGUAAGGAGAGCGCUGAUUAUAAGUACUCUCCUCUAGGUUCCAAAACCAGUUGCCUAUUUGGUCAUCAAACGGAAUUUUUACGUAAAACGGAUGAAAAGUGUUUCAUUGGGAAUAUUCCACUUUCUGAGUUUUCAAGAAACAUUAAAAAUUGUUCCUGUACAAGACAGGAUUUCGAGUGUGACUAUAACUUUUAUAAAGCUAACGAUGGUACUUGUAAAUUAGUCAAAGGCUUGAGCCCAGCAAAUGCUGCAGACAUUUGUAAAAAGGAGCCAGAUUUAAUCGAAUAUUUUGAAUCUUCAGGCUACAGAAAGAUCCCUCUAUCAACAUGUGAGGGUGGCCUGAAAUUGGAUGCCCCUUCGUCACCACACGCUUGCCCAGGAAAAGAAAAAGAAUUUAAAGAAAAACAUUCAGUAAGUGCCGGUCCCUUCGCAUUUAUUUUCAUUUCAAUUCUUCUCGUCAUUUUCUUUGCCGCAUGGUUCGUAUAUGAUAGGGGUAUCAGAAGGAAUGGGGGAUUUGCAAGGUUUGGAGAGAUUAGACUAGGAGACGAUGGACUGAUAGAAAACAAUAAUACCGAUAGAGUUGUCAAUAACAUUGUGAAAUCAGGAUUUUACGUCUUUUCGAAUAUCGGGUCUCUUUUACAGCACACAAAAGCUAAUAUAGCGCAUGUUAUUUCUAAAAUUAGAGGAAGGUUUGGUAACAGAACAGGCCCAAGUUACUCAUCGCUGAUUCAUGAUCAAUUUUUGGAUGAAGCAGAUGACCUGCUUGCUGGUCAUGAUGAAGACGCCAACGACUUAUCUAGUUUUAUAGAUCAGGGCAGUAAUUUUGAAAUUGAGGAAGAGGAUGUUCCAACAUUUGAACAGGAGCAUACAUCAUAUACGGAUCAACCUACGACCAGCGACGUUCCGGAUGCAUUACCAGCGCGUAAUGAGGAAGACGCUGACAAGUCUGAUUCAGCACCCCCACCCAGCGAAAAUUAG